CCACACGCCUCAUGUUGGUCAUAAGUCUCCAGACGGUCUCCACACGUCGUGCGCACACCCAUGCAACUUGUUGCUACCUGGUGUUGUCCCGUGUGCGGUUGUUGAUGUUGCUGGUGCAAGAAGUAGAUGGAGCCCGCGAGUGACCCACGGUGGAAUCGGUUGGGGCCAGCGGAGUCCAUGUACGUCAGCUGCCAGUCGCCAGGUUAGUUCGCUUUCUUGCGUCGUCACGUUCAAGUCAUUUGUCCGCCAGUCGGUUAGUGCCGUGUAGCGGUUACUGUGGAGUUGCGUUUUGUUGCUAGAUGCGAGCGUAAAAAGGAUUUUGUUUUCAAGCGGCGACGGAUAAUCCAGUCCUGGAAGUGCGUGUUGUGUCCUUUGAAUCUAAUCCGAGUGCGAAUUAAGGUUUUGCUCCUCCAGGUUGUGUGCGUGCGAAAGGUCAGUGCUGCAGGUGUGAAUAGUACCGCAACGGAAAGGUUGAAAAAGGCGCGAAAGGUGAGAAUUCGAACGUGGAUCCGUGGGCAUACACAGAGGAGUCAGUGGAGUAAGUGAGUUGUGACCCCAGUUGCGAUUGUUCCAGUGCAUCGUCUUGUAUAGUUCUUGCCUAGUGUCUUUCCCGUGCGCGCCCCCGUCGUGUCCGCAGUGCAUCCAGUGCACCUAGUGCUAGUCGAAGCUGCAAGAGCGGGUCCCCACGGUUUAUGGUGCAAUAGCGGCCGCAACUCGGUACAUGUACAGUUAGACGCUGCCUGAGCCGACGACGGAAAGGGUAACAGCGCAACUUUCUUGUUGACUAGGCGACACUGGCCCGCCGGGCUCCAGCGCUGUGCAAUUCUGCCCGGACCUAAUCGGAUGCCUGCUCGGAGGCUGCAUCUCGCGGCUGGACCCAGAUGAUGCUCCCGGCCCUUGUUUACGAAUAGCGUGUGUCGUGGAAUCGCAACAGUAGCACGCGAGGAUUGAAUGUGAGUUCCUUCCUACGUAGAAUGAGUUGAUAUCUCGCUGUUUGAAAAGACCCACGAGAUUAACGUAGCAGUAUAAACAACGUAAAUUUUCCACUUUCUGGAAUAUACAAAAUCAUGAUACGAACAACAAGAAUACAACAAUUUGCAUUCUUCCUACAACAAGCCUGAAUGCCUGAAUGAAUCACAAUUUUAUGUUCAAAAGCUUUUGCUUAAGACGGAUCGAAAAUGUCUUCUCGGAAUAGUGCAACCAUAAGACUGAGUUUACAUUAUUACUAGCGGAAAAACUUCCUGUAGCUUCGACACCUAUUUGCAUACGAACGGAGUAUUAAGGCUUAAUAGCAUUCGCAACCCUUCACGAUGGCCUGUAGCGUGCAAGGAAAAGUUUGUACGAACAACAAUAAUACGAUAGUGAGUGUUUCAAUCAUGGAGCAAAUUCCUAAGGAUAUGAAUACGGCGCAAGUUAUCAUUGAUGAACUGCGGUCUAAAUGUCGGUCGCAAGCUGAAGAACUUAUGAAGUGGAAAAAAGCAUAUGCCUUGCAGAUGCAACAGCACUAUCGGUAUCAAAAGGAGAAAACGGAUCAAAUGAACACUCUGACGAGUCAGCUCCUACUCCUGGAAUCUCGUCUAAAACGGAAGCAGAAACAAGUCGCCGGAAUAAUUUGCCAAAGAGAGUUGACAAUUAUGCGCCAACAGAAAAUAAUAGACGCUCUCUCAAGUCGGUUAGUGGAUCACGGCCUAGACAACCUUGAUGCGACUUACACCGAUUUCGACUCCCUCAAUGACUCUGAUUCAGCUGUAGUUUUAGAAGAUAUUGACUCAGACUGCAACUCGUCUUUCAUAAUGCGUCGGAAAAGUGGCGGAAGUGACGUCACUAUAGUCCGGUCAAUAUCGGAUGCCAUUGAAACGAAUAUGAAUAAAUAUUCCGGUGCUAGGCGGACUAAUUGCUUCCUGCGUCGUCCUGAUAUUCUCGAGACAGUCUAUAGUGUAGAAGAAGACCCCGAACCUUCACAACAAGCCGAUGUUUCAGAGAAACGCGAUAAAUUCAAGAAACAUUCAUCGAAGGCGAUUUUAGAUCAAUCACUCGAUGGUCAAUUAGCCGAGCAUCCGGAUGCGAGUAAGAAUGGAUCGGAACCACCAGGGGUCAAACAAUCGCAUGUCACGAAUUUCAAUCGAGUCAUGUCCAAUCAUCGAUCGGUUACUAAGCCCAAGGAUGUGAAAUAUAAACGAAUUAAUAAGGCCAAGUCCAAAAGUCUGGAGGAGCUCAGAGGCAGACUACGGCAUUGGGUCGAGAAGGGUACGACGGGAGAUAUGCCAGGCAGUCAGCUUGCUAUUAACAGCCAGCUUCCUCAAACUGCGCAGAGCUAUGCGUGACAUUUGCUAAAAAGCUCCCAUUCGUUUCCUGAUCGGCCUGAAGGAAGAUGCAGCUUCUAAAGAUCGAUCAACUUUUGUAAUUAUAAUUUGAAAUUAUUCACGGCUGCAGGGGUGAGAUGUUCGACACUUCCAGACCUAGUUUGGUACUCGAAUUUUAAUUGAUGAAUUUUAUAUUAGUUUGAUAUUGUGAUUAUUAUGGUAUUUUAAAUAGGAUGGAAGUUCGUCAGAAUAUCUCAACUGUGCAGACCUAAAUAUCUUUACACUUUUAUUUUUGUGAUCAUAUUUUAGUUCCCUUUGGAAAUGAGCCUAGGAACCAUUCUAGAAUCAUUUUGGUUACCUUGUAGUGAAUUAUUUCUUUUUAUAAAGUUUGAGCUUGUGAAUUCUAUUUUGACUCCUCGAAGGGAGCAACGAUGGAAAUAAAAUUUAUAUUCGAA